AUGCCUAAAGAACACCAGUAUGUCCUGGUGACGGGCGCAAACAGCGGCCUCGGAUUAGGGAUUUGCUGUCGUCUGAUUGACGAAUUUCUGGCCUCCUCGGCCAACGACGGCUCCUCGCUCACGAUCAUCUUCACAACGCGAGACGCCCGCAAAGGCUCUCAGACAUUAUCGCAACUCGAGAAACAUCUGGCAAAGAACAACUGGCCGAGCACCAAAUCCGACCGUCAGAUCUACUUCCGCCCUGAGAAUGUCGAGUUGACGAGCCUCCUGUCCGUCCGCGCACUGAGUCGAAAGCUCUUGGACUCGGACCUUCCUCAUCUCAACGCAAUCGUCCUGAAUGCCGGCAUAGGAGGGUGGACUGGUCUCAAUUGGCCCCUGGCAAUAUGGACGGUGCUGACAAGUAUACGGCAGGCGACGACGUGGCCGACGUACAAGCUGGGAUCAGUGGGACUGGUGGCACCGCCGCAGACGUCUGGUGCACCGAGUCGUGACGAGCCCAUUCUUGGGGAGGUGUUCUGCGCCAACGUCUUCGGACACUAUCUGCUCGCCCACUGGCUCAUGCCGCUGCUCCAGGCCUGUGCACCGGACUCACCAGGCAAGAUCCUCUGGUCGUCGUCCAUCGAGGCUGGGAGACGUCACUACAACCCAGAUGAUCAUCAGGGACUGAGGUCCGCUGCAGCAUACGAGCACACCAAACGUUUGACCGACUACCUAGCAUUGACAGCCACCGACCAGCCAGCGACAGCACAGACAGUCAAGGACUUUACCACCUCGUCUCAUUCGCCUUCUAUGCAGCCCAGCCAGCACCGGCCUCGACAGUCCGAACCGGUCUUCAUGCUGUUCCAUCCGGGGAUCUGCACCACAACCAUUAUCAGCCUGUACUGGAUCAUCCACGAGUGCUACCGGCUUGGGAUUUAUCUCGCAAGAUUGUGCGGCUCGCCCUGGGCCAAUGUGACAAGCUACCUCGGCGCCACGUCGGCGACUUGGCUGGUGCUGGCCUCCUCGGCCGAGAUCAAGGCGAAAGCAAUCGAUGUUACGGGCCACGUGAGCGGCGGUCCCUGUAAAUGGGGUUCCGCAUGCGACCGGCUUGGCCGAUCAUCCGUCCGCGUAACUGACGUUGAGGGCUGGGGUCUGGACGGGACCGGCAAGCCGUUCAGUGAUUCCUGGUGGGCUGGCCACGUGGGACGCAAGAGCGGCUCAACGGAUGCAACACCGGAGGACGUGGAGAACUUCAUAGCAGAAGGGGCACACGUCUGGAAGGAGAUGGAGACGUUGCGGAAAGACUGGGAGGCCCGGAUCGAGAAGUUUGAGGCUGAACAGGCACAGUCUCAGCAAAGCAACGGACAUGCCUGA